UUGGGUGUUUCUGCAGCUAUCCGGUAUAAUAUUCCUGUUAAGUAACCGUAUGUAGGACACAGCUGGGACUGGAUCUGUUAGUCAGCUGUUUCCCACCAGAAAGGACCGGGGUGUGUUUCCUUCUGAAAGUGCCUUAAGAACAUCCCCGCACCUUUGCGAGGCUUUUGUCCUGAAAACAUCACAGCUGACGGUCUCCUUUCCGCGUCUGAAAUCUGCUUUAAGUACAGUUUCAUCCACCUACCGGGUGACGCUCGCCUCCACACUGAGCACAACUGGUACUCACACUUACGUAAGAUGAUUGCGUAUUUCUCGCCAGUAACGUAUUUGCCACUUGUUGCGCAGACAGAAGAGCGGAGGGAGUCCAGCUGUGAGGGCUCCUAGCGCCCCUCUCUAGAGACAUCAAGUGGAGAGGCCGGAGGUCCCUUGCACAUCAAUGUCUCUCACUCCGAGUCGAAAACCCUCCUCAGGUCAGCGCAGGCGAUCGGUGGGCACUAGUGGCGGCAGCGGGCGAUAUUCCCACAGUGAUACAUCCAGUACCCACACCUACCCGGGUCGGGUCAGGGCAGCAGAGAGCAGCCCCACAGCACGGACAUAUCCCAGUACGCCCAGGCGUCAGGCAAAGCACACAGCCUGCAGCGACAACCAUGGGAUCAGGCCUCCCACCCCGGAGCAGUACCUUACACCUCUGCAGCAGAAGGAGGUGUGCAUACGACAUCUGCGAGCCAGACUGAGGGACAAUGUGGAAAGAUUACAGCACAGAGACUGUGAAAUAGAUGAGUUAAGGACUCAGCUGUACAGGAUGCAGGAAGACUGGAUAGAGGAGGAAUGUCACCGCGUGGAGGCCCAGUUAGCCCUGAAAGAGGCCCGCAAGGAGAUCCAGCACCUUCAGGAGAUGGUUGAGUCAGUGAAGUCCAACCUGAGUGUCCGUGAACAAGAACCCCAUGACCACAAACCAUACUCAGGGUUGAAGGGAGCUCGGCCAGCGGGGAGGUCUCGCUCCUGUGGCUGCUCCCCGGCCAGCACUUUGAGCCGAGGCACCACCUACACCCGACUGAGCAGCGAGGCGCUCCAGCUAGAGCGCGGCUCUACUGCUCCCGAGUCGAGCAGAGCAUCUCGCCCAGCAGGACAAACCCACCUGCUCCUGGAGGCGGCCCUCCUGUCGGAGCAGCUGCCUCCGCAGGGCCACUUUCGAGGCCCCCCAGCUGUGCCACGCUCUUCCACCUAUGAAAGGCUGUGCAGCGGUGGGGCAGUGUUGCCAAUCUCACACUCCUGCCACACUCUCAGUAGCACCUGCAAGUGCAGCGGCCACGCCUACCUCCCCCAUCAUCACUUGUUCCUGCACUUACCUCAGGAGGAGGUCCCAGUAACGCUGACAACUGCUGCUGUCCCUGCUUCUGAUCCUGUCCCCACUCCCACUCCUGCAGCGGAGAAGAAGCCAGAGGUGCGCUCCCAGGCCUGCAGCCCAACCAUGACCUGGCUGUGUGAGGAAAGCUGUGCCGAAGAGCAGCUGAGUGUCAUUUCUUUUGCCACAGCCGACAUCACCCCCUCAGAACCACAUAUGCUUCCAUCAUCCUUACCUCCUUUGUCCCCUCUUCAGCAUUCCCACAGUUUAGACGCACUUCCACCUGACAAACCAGAGGAGGCAGCAAAGACGCCAGCGGAGCCCCACACCAGCCAGCCCCACAGUACAGCUCCACUUCCAGUGAGGCAGGAAGCUACGGUACUGCAGAUAGAAGAGGACGAUAUGGAUGAAACUGAAGGUACAAAUGACGAUGGGUAUUCACCACAGGUGUGCCACUGGAGCCGCUACUUCCUGGUAGAUCUGCUGGCUUUGGCGAUGCCAGUGGUCCCAACCAUGGCGUGGCUGUGUCGAGGAGCACCACAGGAAGUCAUGCCGGUGUAUCAUAUCGGGUCCCUGCUCAGAGGUUGCUGCGCUGUGGCCCUCCACUCGCUUCGACGGCGAGGUGCAGGCAGGGGACGCCGACCUGCCAGCAUGAACGGAACAACACCGAUCUGAGACUUUCUGCUCCCUUUGACAUUAAGAUUACAACUCCCAACCUCUGCAGGCACAGCCACAGCAAUGCCACCUUCGCUUCAUUACAUUUUGGUCAUUGCAGCGUGUUGGAUAUCUUCUCUUAAAAAGACUUUUUAGAUUUUACAUGAUGCCCAUGUGAUUUUGUGGUCAUGCCUUGCCUUAGGAAACAAAGGAUUAGUUGCACAUUAUUAAAUGCGUUCAUGAAUCCAAUAUACUUACUGCUUCUGCCUGCAGUUUAAUUGGUUUUCUUUUUAUUGGCAUUUGCAUGUAGUCCACAGUUUGGUUGAACUGUCCUUGCUUGAAUUCAAAAGCCCAAACCUGGAUUUAGAUGAGCCAUCUUCUGGGCAAAUAUUUUCAGUUUGUACAAGAUAAAAAUGGCUGAAGUUGAAUGCUCCCCUGUCAUGAUGUUGUUGUUUUUUUAACUAUUAAUAGGGAAUCAAUUUCUUUGGCAUCAACAAUGUCCCUCAAAAUCAGAAGAAUGCAUUACAGUUAUGAGCACAAUGAGUGGAACGCAUUUUAUACUUCAGUCAUUUCCACCCAUGAAAAUACUGAAUAUGGUUUAAAGCUGUUUGAACUUUUACCUUUUGAAACGUAGAGCAUGUGCAUCAAAUCUAGUACUCAGGUGGAGAACAGACAGAUCAUUGAUCUUUUGCCAUUAAACCAAACAUGGGAGGUUAAAACUGCACUGACUCUGUUCCUUUCAUCCCAUUGAGGCAUUUAUUCACAUUUAUUUCUUGCUAAAAUCAGGUACAAUUUGCAGUUUCACAUAAUGGAAAUAAUGCCAUAUGUUAAAUCAUGUUGAAAGAAAAACGACGCUGAAAGCGCUAAUAGCUUCCCAGCAGGUCAGCCUUUAGAGCAAUCUGGAUCUAAAAAUAAAGCCCUAAGGUUGGUGUGUGAGCAGAGCAUUAAUAUCCACCUGACUUUGACUGCUCCAGUCCUGAAAUGCAGUGCAGGUUGUGUAUCUCCAACACAGUUCAUAACAUAUUUUUUGUAGGAGAACAUACACUGGAUUGUGAUCCACACAGCUGAAUGAAUGAAUGACUUGGAUGCGCAGUUUAAUGAGUUUAUGAAGAGAUUCUGAAACAGUGAUUUAUUUUCCAGUUUUGCAGGAAUCAAACAUGUAACACGACUGCAAACAGAGUAAAACUUUAUGACAAGAAACUGA